CUGUUUUGCAAACUUCAGGAACUCUAGCGCCCGUGUAGCCGCGUUUCCUGGCCGGGGUGGUUCUUGCGGUAGCACCGUUUGGGUUUUGAUUUUGUGUGGAGAGGGAGUGGGGCUCGUUUUGAGUUCGGAGAAGUUCGGAGAAGUUCGGAGAUGGCGGAGAGCAGUCGGCUCUGUUCGGUUUGGGUCGGAUCCGAAACCGGAAUUCUUAAAGGAGUGGACCUGGGUAAAAAGCAGGCGUUCAACUACAGCGAUCUCUCCACGCUGAGCAGAGACCAGGAGGUCAGCGCCCUCUGCUGGGGGGAUGACUUCGAGUCGGAGGUGCUGGUGGGCUGUGUAAACAGGACAGUGAAGACUUUCAGCACUGAAAAGAGCCGCUUCACUGAAUUCAGACACUGUCCCGGGGGAGAGGGGCCCUUCAGGGGGCUGGCGGUGUGGGACGGCUCCCUGAUCACUUGUGUGGAGUCUGGUUUGCUGAAGGUCUGGAAGGAGGGAUCAGUUGACAGUGCUGAGAUCACAGUGGGCCCCGAUGUUUAUAAGAUGUGUCAGAGCCCGUCGCAGCGCCACCGUGUGGCCACCGGGGGGAAGGAGAACGACUUGAAGAUCUGGGACCUGCAGCGACCGGAGGAGCCCGUGUUCCGAGCGAAAAACCUUCGUAAUGACUGGCUGGACCUGCGGGUCCCCGUGUGGAUUCGGGACAUGCAGUUCACGGGGUCAGACAAGGUCGUGACCUCGACAGGGUACCAUCAGGUUCGUGUGUACGACCCCGCCUCCCCACAGAGACGCCCCGUCCUGCAGGUGGAGUACGAGGAGUACCCCCUCACCGCCCUGUCUCUCACCGCCGACGCAAAUUCUGUUGUCGUUGGAAACACACACGGACAGGUCGCCAUCAUUGAUCUCAGACAAGGUCGUUUGCUCCGGUGUUUGAAGGGUGUUGCUGGCAGUGUUCUCUCUCUGCAGUGUCACUCAUCGCUCCCCCUGGUGGCGUCCUGUGGGCUCGACAGGUUCCUGCGGAUUCACAACACACAGGACGGCCGGCUCCAGCACAAGGUUUAUCUCAAAUCCAGGCUGAACUGUCUGCUCUUCUCAAGCCAGGACAGGCUGGAGGCUGACGGAGAGACGGCGCUCCAGGAUGGAGUGAAGGAGGAAGACGAGGAGGAGGAGGAUGAGGUGUGGGCCGACAUGCCCACCGUGACGGACAGAGCUGGGGGGGGCAAGAGGAGGAACGAGAGCGAGGAGGAACCGCAGCCCAGCACAGGCCCCGACGCAGCGGGGAAGACAAAGAGCACGACACAGGCCAAGAAAAAAACCAAGGGGAUGACAAUUGGAGCGACACAGGCCAAGAAAACCAAGGGGAAGACAAUUGACGCGACACAGGCCAAGAAAACCAAGGGGAAGACAAUUGAUGCGACACAGGCCAAGAAAACCAAGGGGAAGACAAUUGACGCGACACAGGCCAAGAAAACUAAAAGGAAACUGAGAGCCAGCUCUUGAGAGACCAGAACCCCUCCAGGGAGGAAAAUGAGACUCCCACUGCACAGCAGUGUGAUCCAGUCCUGGUUUCACUUGGAGUUUAAUAAUCAGACUCACCCUGAGCUUGUUAGCUAGACACACUGGGGGCUGAUCAAGCUGGUAGCAGUGAAACCUGGACUGGAUCACACUGCUGUGCAAUAGGAGUCUGAUUCCCAGCCCUGAAGACUCCUGUGUUUUAGAACCCUAUGCCCUGCUUUGCUGUAACUUGAGUGAUAAACUGUAUAUUUGAUUCCCAUCAUG